AGAAGAAAGCUUCCUAAUUGUUUUGUUGUGAGACUCUUCAAGAGAUCCCCAUUAUUGCUACAGAAACUGUCUUCGUCUGUUGAUGCGACAAGUGAAAUUGGUGGGAAAAAUGUUGAACUCGGAAGUUACUAUUCUGAAGAGGUUUCCUACAUCCAACAAAAGCUCUCUUCUUCGAUCUCUCGUUUUGUCUGCUUCUAUUGCUGCUGCUAAAUCCGGUCUUUAUUUUUAUUCAAACAUUGACACAGACCCAACAAGACCAUCCUUAUGGAUUUCUGUUAAUAUCCCAAAGCAUGAUCAUCCAUCUUGGUGGCCAUGGAGAACUUGGGGACCAAUGUUUCUUCAGCCCUCUUUUAAUUGCCUAGAUUUACACAGAGUUACCUUGGGAAAGAGUGUUGGUUCUGGCACCAUAAUGGAUUCUGAUGGUACUAUAUUGACGUGCGCUCAUUUGGUUGUGAGUCACGGCUUGUCAACCAAAGUGGGGAAGGUUGAUGUAACAUUACAAGAUGGUAGGACAUUUGAAGGAUAAUUGAUCAACGCGGACUUGCAAUAAUAUUGCAAUAGUGAAGAUUGACUCCAAAACCCUUCUUUCAUCUGCAAAACUUGGCUCUUCAAGUAACCUUCGUCCUGGAGAUUGGGUGCUUGCAAUGGGGUGUCCUCUUUCCCUUCAGAAUAUUGUUACAGCUGGUAUUAUGAGGGUAAUUCAGUUGGACCUCUUGUGAGCAUUGAUGGUGAGGUUGUAGGUGUGAACAUUAUGAAAAUAAGGGCUGCUGAUGGAUUGAGCUUUUCUGUACAUUGAGUUGUGACAAUUAUUUAUUUAUUUGAUUAUGAUAUUAUUUUAUGAGAAAAUUUAUGUUUUUUUUUGUUAUUA